CUAUGCCUGCUGCCUUUUACGUUGGUUGGACUCUUGGGCAUAUUUCAACUACAUUACCAGUAGCAGGCUCUAGCUUUAGAAAUCGAGCAGCAGUCGAUGCAUACUGUGCUCAGUAUUUCGGUACUGGUUGGCGUGUAGCUACUUUCAAUGAUGGGAAGUUUAUCCGAAACAUGAACGAAGCCAUAUAUGCUGGAGAGAGUUGGACGACUAAUGCUAGUCGAAUGGAAAUUGGUGAUUGGUCCUACUAUACAUUUGGGAAUGUUCGAAACGAUGCAUGUUCCUGGGUAUACAUUACAGGUCAACCAGCAAAUUGUUGGAACAAUUAA